GCAUUUCAGUCAGGACCCUGUGGAGGAAACACCGCGGCAAGAUAUUUAUUUAUUUAUUGUAGUUUCUUUUAACUUUUCCAGAGCCAAACAUGCUCGGUCUGUGCCUUUACGUCCCCGUGUCCAACUCGGACCCGGUUGAAGUGGAAUACUUUGAGUCUAACGGGCUGCCGUCGGAGCUGAAGUCGCUGUUUAACAAACUAAGCGUGUUCCUGCCGUCCCAGGAGGUUUCCGCCUACGAAAGAUGGCGAAAGAAAAUCCUAAAAAGGGAAGAAAAAACAGCAGACGGGCAGCUGGACUUUGAAGAGUUUGUUCACUAUCUGCAAGACUACGAGAAAGACCUGAAACUUGUGGUGAAAAGCCUCAACAGGAAGAAUGCCGGCCAAGUUGACCAGAAGGAGUUCUUGCAGUCUCUUUGGGACCUCGGUGUGCAUAUUUCCCCGCAGCACGCAGAAAAGGCCCUUAAGAGCAUGGAUAAGAACGGAAUCAUAACAAUCAGCAGCAAAGACUGGAGCAACUACCCCAUGGUGGAAAAGACGGAGAACAUUCCUGAGAUCAUCCUCUACUGGAAGCACUCCACGAUAUUUGAUGUGGGUGAGAACUUGAUGGUUCCUGAUGAGUUCACUGAAGAAGAGAAGAUGACCGGGAUGUGGUGGAGGCACCUGGUAGCAGGCGGAGGAGCCGGAGCGGUUUCGAGGACGUGCACGGCUCCCCUGGAUCGACUCAAAGUCAUGAUGCAGGUUUAUGGAUCCCGAACCAACAACAUGUGCAUCAUGAGCGGGAUGAUGCAGAUGAUCAAAGAGGGCGGCAUGAGGUCACUGUGGCGAGGAAACGGUGUGAACAUCAUCAAGAUUGCACCCGAGUCGGCCCUUAAGUUCAUGGCCUAUGAGCAGAUUAAACGUUUAAUCGGCAGUGAUAAUAAAACUCUGAGCAUCGUGGAGCGGUUUGUUGCCGGUUCUAUGGCCGGAGUUAUCGCCCAGAGCACGAUCUACCCCAUGGAGGUUCUGAAAACCCGUCUGGCUCUGAGGACGACCGGACAGUACUCCGGGAUCUCCGACUGUGCCAAGCAGAUUUUCAGGAAAGAAGGACUCGGAGCGUUUUAUAAAGGCUACGUCCCAAACAUGUUGGGCAUCAUCCCCUACGCCGGCAUCGACCUGGCAGUGUACGAGACGCUGAAGAACAGCUACCUGCAGCAGUACGGCGGCAACAGCUCCGACCCCGGCGUGGUGGUCCUGCUGGCGUGCGGCACCGUGUCCAGCACCUGCGGUCAGCUCGCCAGUUAUCCUCUGGCUCUCAUCCGCACACGCAUGCAAGCACAAGCUGCGAUAGGGAACACUCAGCAGGUGACCAUGUCCGGUCUCUUCAGGCAGAUCUUGCAGACGGAGGGCCCGACGGGGCUCUACAGGGGCCUGGCCCCCAACUUCCUCAAGGUCAUCCCCGCCGUCAGCAUCAGCUACGUCGUGUACGAGCACAUGAAGACGCAGCUGGGAGUGACGUCACGCUGAAACUCACACCUCUUGUCCAAACUUCAAAGCUUGAAACGUGACAAGUGACCCCCCCCACCACCUCCACCACCACCCACGCAUUACCACUUACACAACCCCCCUCCCCCGUCCUCAGCCAGGGGCUCAUAGCGAGGGAAUCCCAGGGACCUUUUGGCCCCUCUGGGGCUUCGUGGAGCGAUCUCAUUCUGUGAAUGUCAGCUGACGAAAGACGAGAAAGGACACUGAACGUUGGAGGAUACGGACUCUGUGAGCUCGGGUCGUGACUGCUGCUAUUAAUGUUUUUGUUUUUUUUAAGAGAGUUAAAGAAGCUGAAAAGAGAGAAACAGAAGGGAUGUGAGUUGAUUUGUAAAAUCAGGGACCAAAUGUUUUGUUGCUCUUCUGACAUUUUGAGUUUCGGAGCGUGCCUGAGCAACCGUCCUGUUUUGUUUUUUUUCUUCAUGUGUGACAGUGUUGCUCAGUCAGUUUAAGACGCACCUGUGUUGUGCAACUCUACUGAAAAACAGCAAUUCAGAGUACUUUUUGCAUGGCAGAUUUAGCAUUAUUAAAGUUUUAUUAUUUAUCUGCCUCUAGGAGGAAAUGAUUGUGUUCCUAAGUGAGAGGGUUUUGCACAAUUUGAUCUCUCUCCACCCCGAUCCCAGAUGAAUGAAUGGAUGAAUGACAGGAGUAUUUAUUUCCCUCCGUCCUGUAUUUAUUGUUUUUAUUGUCUUGGAGAGAGAAAGGACGUACGAUGCUGCAUGUUUUCUGUCUGAAGAGCCAAAUGUGCGAUUUUGCGAAGCGUUUUUAAAAUGCAGUGAUUGUAUUCAGGAUGGGGUAACUUGACGCCAGGCAACAGCCUUAACGCGUGGCUAUUAAACACUACAUGUAGCUGUCUGGUGAAGUGUUAAAACGAGUUUAAACAGCUGAAGAAAUAACUUCAGAUUAUGUUCGUGUGUGUAGACGUUUUUGCCCUUUCUUUAAAAAAGUCUAAAUGUCUUAAUGUUCACCUCAGGUUUAAGGGCAGAUUGUUAUUUAAUCCAUAGAAAAGCACACACAAGACUUGUUGGGUUUUUUUCUUUUCACAACAUUUAUACUCAGAAGAAUAAGGGCUUUUGGAAAAGAUGAGCGACAUAAUGCACUUUAAUCGAUGCUGGAAGGGUCUCUGAAUGAAUGUCAUAUCAAUCCAGGUAUUAAGAUUUAAUUCUUUUGUAAAGAAUGAAGUUUUAGUCUUGUUUUAAUGGACCAUUUCGAUGCAAAUAAAUGCAAAUUCUUGUAA